AUGCGACCACCCCGCCCCUCAUUUUAUGUCAAAGGUAUACACUGCUUUAUUGAGUUGUUAGGUAAACUAGACACAGCAGAAUUUCUCCAUACAUUAGAUUUUUUUUUCGUUGGUUGGUGUCGUCUCAUUGGUUGUGUCAUCCCACUGAUUGGUGUCAUCCCACUGAUUGGUGUCAUCCCACUGAUUGGUGUCAUCCCACUGAUUGGUGUCAUCCCACUGAUUGGUGUCAUCCCACUGGUUGGUGUCAUCUCACUGAUUGGUGUCAUCCCACUGAUUGGUAUCAUCUCACUGAUUGGUGUCAUCCCACUGGUUGGUGUCAUCUCACUGAUUGGUGUCAUCCCACUGAUUGGUGUCAUCCCACUGAUUGGUGUCAUCCCACUGGUUGGUGUCAUCUCACUGAUUGGUGUCAUCCCACUGAUUGGUGUCAUCUCACUGAUUGGUGUCAUCCCACUGAUUGGUGUCAUCUCACUGAUUGGUGUCAUCCCACUGGUUGGUGUCAUCUCACUGAUUGGUGUCAUCCCACUGAUUGGUGUCAUCUCACUGAUUGGUGUCAUCUCACUGAUUGGUGUCAUCCCACUGAUUGGUGUCAUCCCACUGAUUGGUGUCAUCCCACUGAUUGGUGUCAUCUCACUGAUUGGUGUCAUCCCACUGUUUGGUGUCAUCCCACUAAUUGGUGUCAUCUCACUGAUUGGUGUCAUCCCACCGAUUGGUGUCAUCCCACUGAUUGGUGUCAUCUCACUGAUUGGUGUCAUCCCACUGAUUGGUGUCAUCCCACUGAUUGGUAUCAUCCCACUGAUUGGUGUCAUCCAUUUGCUUGGUGUCAUCCCACUGGUUGGUGUCAUCCCACUGGUUGGUGUCAUCUCACUGGUUGGUGUCAUCCCACUGGUUGGUGUCAUCCCACUGGUUGGUGUCAUCCCACUGGUUGGUGUCAUCCAUUUGGUUGGUGUCAUCCCAACGGUUGGUGUCAUCCCACUGGUUGGUGUCAUCUCACUGGUUGGUGUCAUCCCACUGGUUGGUGUCAUCCCACUGGUUGGUGUCAUCCCACUGGUUGGUGUCAUCCCACUGGUUGGUGUCAUCCAUUUGGUUGGUGUCAUCCCACUGGUUGGUGUCAUCCAUUUGGUUGGUGUCAUCCCAACGGUUGGUGUCAUCCGUUUGGUUGGUGUCAUCCCACUGAUUGGUGUCAUCCCACUGAUUGGUGUCACCAGCUGA